CUGAAAAACAAAUUCAUGAAGAAAAUCCCUCGAGACGCAGAGGCCUCCAACGUCUUGGUGGGUGAAGUGGACUUCCUGAACAAACCCUUCGUAGCGUUUGUGCGUUUGGCCCAGGCUACGACGCUCGGGGGUCUCACCGAGGUCCCCGUUCCCACCAGAUUCCUGUUUAUUCUCCUGGGACCUCAGGGAAAGGCCAAGUCGUAUAAUGAGAUCGGCCGAGCCAUAGCAACUCUGAUGGUGGAUGAU